CUGACCUAUGUAUCAGUGUGUAUAUAUAGUAUAGGUAUCUAUGUCAGUUCUCAGUCGGUCUACACUGCACGAUGUCGACGUCGUGUGAUAGCAGCAGGGCCCGCGAUUACGACUACAGCGUCAAGGUGGUCCUGGUGGGAGAUCUAGGGGUGGGCAAGACGACGUUCCUCAACACGUUUCUAGACGGGAAAUAUUCUCGCAGUUUGCCGCACGACAGUCGCGCGUUGAGGGAGAAAAUAUUUCAAUACAAUGGCAAAAUAGUGCGUCUACAGAUAUGGGACACUGCAGGCCAGGAGAGAUAUCGCAGUUUGACGUCAUCGUACUACAGAGGGGCUCAUGGCUGCAUCAUCAUGUUUGAUGUCACUAACAAAUCCUCCUUUGAAAACGUCACAGCAUGGAAGCGAGACAUUCAUCAGUACUGUCACCACGACGACAUUGGAAUAAUUCUCGUCGGAACGAAGUCUCACAAGACUAAUCGAGAAGUGACUCGAGAGCGAGCCGAGGAUUUGGCCAGGUCGGCAAAGAUGCCGUACAUGGAAGUGAGUUCUGACACGGACCACGGCAGUGUGGAGGCGGUGUUUAACAAUAUAAUUGACAUGGUAGCUUCACACGCCCACCACGUAUACACGACGUCGUACUGCCACCAGAGGACGCUGCAGAAACCGCUGAAAAAGAGUUGGUGCUCAUGCUGAUGUAAACCACUAGGUGCAAUCUGGUCUUUCCAUCUUACUCGGGGCAGUCACAAGCAAAUCAUUUAUUGGUUCUAAAUAUUCUGUUUGUGUGCUUCCAGCGGACAUCUUUGAUUAAUCAGGUUUAUUGUAUAUCUCCACAAACAAAAACCUUCAAAAUGUAGCUUGGAGCAUUUUUUCACAACGUCAAAUCAUGUUUUUAUGAAACAAAUUGUGUACAUUAUAUGAUCACAAUUAUUAUACUCGAGUAUAUUACGUGCCGGGUGGCUAAUGUCAAGGACUGUCAAACGCCAAGCGAAUAGGAAGCCCAUCAGUACACUCUGUAUUGUUAUUACAUUACCACAGUGUUAUAUUCUUCUACACACUUGUAAUAAAAAAUGUUGACGUUCAGUGGUGCACAACCCCCGCCUAGAUCAGAGUUUAUUUAAACUAGAGGACACGAGAACAUGUCUAUUUGGGUCAAGAAUCCAGAGUGGCCCAAAGACUCGGUGAAUAUAUAUUGCUAUGAAGGCAAAAUCAAAUCACACUGAACAAUGUUGAUAAGAAUGCAGUCCACCAAAUCAAACGGUAUAGUCGACAAUGUUAACAAAGGGUACAUUCGACCAAAAACAAAACAAGUGUGCUUUCCACCAAAUAAUAUCACUUACUGAACAAUGUUAACAAGUGUAUAUUCCACCAAAUCUUGUGAUGUGAUUAUUAUUUUAAUUUUAAGUUUUUAAUCUGAACUGUUUUUAGAAGUUCCAAGGUUUUUGUUUUGUUUUCUUCUAAGGUUGUCAACAUUUGGUUGAGGAAGCGUUGAAAAUUUUACCUUGUGUUUUUAAACAAAAACUUUAUUUUUUAUCAUUCCUCCAAAUAAAAUCACAUAAUGGAUUAUGUUAACCAGGGUGCAGUCCACCAAAUAAAACCACAUAGUGGACAAUGUUAACAUUUCAUCAAAUCAAAUCUCAGUCAACAAUGUUAAGAGUAGCACAUCACCAAAUCAAAUCACUGUCGACAAAUCAAACCACGUAGUUGAUAAUGUUUAUAUAGAGAACAUUCCACCAAAUCAAACCACCUAGUUGAUAAUGUUUAUAUAGAGAACAUUCCACCAAAUCAAACCACGUAGUUGAUAAUGUUUAUAUAGAGAACAUUCCACCAAAUCAAACCACGUAGCCUAGUGGAUAAUGUUAAAGCCGCACACCCUAGUUCCAUCCAGCGAAAAUAAAUUAUAAUUUGGUUAAUCUACAAACCUGUAACACACUUAGAUCACGUUUUUAUCAAAUGGAGUGAAAAAGCAGGUUUUA